AUCAAAUUGAAAAUGAAACCCUCCUCCCUCUUUCAAAACACAACACUUGCUUUUUCUCUUAUAAUAAUAAUCAAUCAACAUUUCUCAUUAAUUAAAAGUUACUACUAUUAGAUUCUUGUUACAAACUUUGCCUCUGCAUGUUUGACAUAAUUAUGGAUUUGCGUUCAAGAUUUUGUUGUGGGUUCGAUCGGAAACAGAACAGGAAGAAACAAUCAACAUGGAGGAUAUUUACAUUGAAAGAAUUGCAUUCAGCUACUAAUAAUUUUAAUUAUGAUAACAAGCUUGGUGAAGGUGGUUUUGGUAGUGUUUAUUGGGGUCAGCUUUGGGAUGGAUCUCAGAUUGCAGUUAAGAGAUUAAAGGUUUAUAGCAAUAAAGCAGAGAUGGAAUUUGCUGUAGAGGUUGAGAUACUCGCACGAGUCAGACACAAAAAUUUACUCAGCUUACGCGGGUAUUGUGCGGAAGGUCAAGAGCGGCUAAUAGUAUAUGAUUACAUGCCUAAUCUUAGCUUACUCUCACAUCUGCAUGGGCAACACAGUGCUGAAUGCCUUCUUACUUGGAAUCGCCGAAUGACCAUUGCUAUUGGAUCUGCAGAAGGAAUUCUAUAUCUUCAUCAUCAUGCCACACCGCACAUAAUCCACCGAGAUAUUAAAGCAAGCAAUGUGUUAUUAGAUGCAGAGUUCAACGCCCAAGUGGCUGAUUUCGGGUUUGCUAAGCUGAUCCCAGAUGGUGCAACACAUGUGACCACUAGAGUCAAGGGCACACUCGGGUACUUAGCCCCAGAAUACGCGAUGCUUGGAAAAGCAUCAGAAAGUUGUGAUGUUUAUAGUUUUGGUAUUCUUUUACUUGAGCUAGCUAGUGGGAGGAAACCAAUUGAAAAACUAAAUUCAACAACUAGAAGGUCAAUCACAGAGUGGGCUCUGCCAUUGGUGUGUGAAAAAAAGUUCAAUGAAAUUGCUGAUACGAAACUGAAUGGAGAUUAUGUGGUUGAAGAGCUGAAACGGGUCACUCUAGUUGGUCUUCUUUGUGCUCGUAGUCAAGCAGAAAAAAGACCGACAAUACUUGAGGUGGUUGAGCUGUUAAAGGGAGAGUCAAAGGAGAAGCUUGCUGCUAUGGAGAACGAUGAAAUGUUUACAGCCACACAUGCUUCUGAUUACAAUGAUGGAGUAUCGGUUGCUGAUGAUAGUUCAGAUUUUGUUUCUGAGGAAAAAGAACCAAAACCAGAAAUUGAAAAUGUUGCGACUAGAAGUUGAAAGCCAUGGUUUUGUGGUUUGUAAAAAAGAUUGGUUAUUGUUUGGACAAUUUGUAUUUACCAGUGAUGCCUGUGAUUGUGUCUUUUUGCCAAAAUAGUGUGUGGAUAUUUCUGUGUUGUUUGGCGAAUAUGGAGCGGUUUGUUGUUGGAGUAGGAAAUCAAGUACUCCUGAUUUCAGGAUCCGGAUUUUUUUACCGGAUACUAUUUACGUUUAUAAAAUCUUUUUGGUAAAAA